AUGUUUCUUGAAUAUACUAAUUCUGAUUUCUUCAUUUUCCAAGAACAUUACAAUGCGACAGUUAAAGGUGGUAUUAAAGGAGCAGCAAUUGGUCUUGGAUUAACAUUAGGUUUAUCUUUAAUUGCUCAACGAUAUUUUCCUACAUUUAGAAAUUCAACUAUACAACUUAAAGCCUUUUUAGUUUCUUCUGGCACUACAGCCGGAUGUAUCAUUUUAGCUGAACAAGCUGAAAUUUUGUUUCAGAAAAUAGAUAUAGUGUUCUUAGUUCUGCUUGGGCUUUAA